GUCAAGUCAUCGGUAGGUGAGUUGUGGAUAUUGAUGUAUUAAGAGAAGAAAAAAAGAAAACGUAACAAAUUUCAGUUCGAGUGGAUCAAAAUGGCGAGUGCUUGUUCUGCUAAGGGAAACAUGUUUACAGUGUUGAGCAUUGAUGGAGGUGGAAUUAGGGGCAUAAUUCCAGCCAUUCAUUUGGCCUUUCUUGAAUUCAAGCUUCAGGAAUUGGAUGGUCCCAAUGCAAGAAUUGCAGAUUACUUUGACAUAAUAGCCGGAACAAGCACUGGUGGAUUAGUCACCACCAUGCUUACAGCUCCCAACAAGGACAACCGACCCAUGUAUGCUGCCAAGGACAUCCCGGGCUUCUAUUUGGAACACUCCCCUAAGAUUUUCCCUCAGAGACGCGGAAAUAAUUUCUUGACAUCGUUAGCAAGUUUCUUUGGGACGGUUAUUGGGCCUAAGUAUGAUGGAAAGUACCUGCGUUCCAUGACCAACUCACUUCUAGGCGAUCUGACUUUAAAGGAGACUUUAACAAAUGUACUCAUACCAGCUUUUGAUGUCAAGCUUCUCCAGCCUGUGUUCUUCUCCACUAAUGACGCAAAAGAAAAUGCUUUGAGAAAUGCUCGACUUGCAGAUAUUUGCGUAGCAACCUCUGCAGCUCCCACAUUUCUCCCCGCGCACUUUUUUACCACUAGUGAUAAGGACGGAAAGACUCGCUCUUUUGACCUUAUCGACGGUGGAGUUGCCGCAAACAACCCCACAAUGUUGGCAAUAAACUACAUUUCCAGAGGAAUAGCGAUCAAGAAUGAGGAGUUCAAUGACAUGAAACCUAUGGAUGGAGAAAGGACCUUAGUGCUAUCACUAGGCACAGGCACACCAAAGAAUGAAGAGAAGUACAAUGCAGCCAUGGCCUCCAAAUGGGGUGCGUUCAGUUGGGUGUUUGAGAAUGGCAGAACACCACUCGUUGACAUUUUCGCCGAUGCAAGUUCAGAUGUCGUUGACUUUCAUGUCUCCACUCUCUUCCAAUCCCUUCGUUGCAAGAAAAACUAUCUCCGGAUUCAGGAUGAUACAUUGACCGGAAAUGGGGCAUCGGUUGACAUAGCGACUCCACAGAAUAUGCAAAGUCUUGCAGAGAUCGGGAAGAAGCUUUUAGAGAAGCCGAUUUCGAGGGUGAAUCUGGACACCGGUAGGUAUGAGGAAAUAAAAGGAGAAGGAAUCAAUGCAGAGGCUCUUGCCCACUUUGCCAAACGUCUCUCAGAGGAAAGGACACUCAGACGUAAAAACUGAAACUAGUUCGUUUGGUUCGAAUAAGAAAAUAAACAAGUUUUAAAGAAGUGUGAUUUCUCGUUCGAAUAAGUCUUCAUGAUCGGUUGGUGUUAUUUAUCUUGUAUUAGUUAUAAAGAAGUGUGAUUUCUUUCACGUUUUG